GCUCCUAGGCAGGUCUGCAAGGGGACCACGGAGUUAUCGCGCCCCAAACGCAAGCCGCAGCAGAGGCACCGUGGGCCACGUUCACUGGCCGAGAGAGAGAGAGAAAGCUCCUCCUCGGAAAAAAUAAUUUUUAAAUAAUAAGGGGGGACUCUCUUGCCUCCUGCAAGAGCCCUCGGUUCCCCUGGAACCACCCGAUUGCUUUCCAAUCGUGGGCUGAGGUGGGCUCCCACCUCCCUGCGCGGAAAGGCCCCCCUCCCCCUCCCGANNNCCCUCCCCCUCCCGAAGAAAAUCGAUCUUGGCUCAAUUUGUGUCUGAAGUCCGCCACCCCCAUUUCCCCAGAGGGCGCUGGGUUUGUUUAUUUCUUUAUUUAUUUCCCCGCGGCCGAGGCGUCCGGGACUGGUGGCUGCGCGGACCCCGGGACUGAUGGGCGAAGACGGGGGAGAAAUUAACCUCCCGCCGCUGCCCCCCAGUCGAGCGUGACAGCGCGCGGCCCGGUUGCGUGACUCGUGACGUCUCCGAGUCCUAUAGGUGCAGCGGCUGGUGAGAUAGCCGGUAUCGCCUGGUUGCCUCUUUACUUUAUUGGGGUAUGCCCUGGUAAUAAACAGUAAUAUUUAAUUUGUCGAAGACCACAAACCAACUUCGAGCUGGGAGGUACAUGCUACUCUUGACAGACGCUGGAAGAAGGUUUGGCCUAAGAGGGGGUCUCUUUUGGGGGUCUUUUCCAAACGCUUCACCUGAGCCCCCCCCACCCCAGCGAGGCGUCACCCCUGGCUUCUGCUCUGGAUAGAAGAGGUGGGAUUUUUGGAGUGCAGGACCCCGCGCGGUCACAGGGCCCCGGGCACACCAUGGCCGACGCAGACGAGGGCUUUGGCCUGGCGCACACACCCCUAGAAACUGACUCCAAGGAUCUACCCUGCGACUCAAAACCAGAGAGCGCGCUAGGGGCCCCCAGCAAGUCCCCGUCGUCCCCGCAGGCCGCCUUCACCCAGCAGGGAAUGGAAGGCAUCAAGGUGUUCCUCCACGAAAGGGAGCUGUGGCUGAAAUUCCACGAAGUGGGCACGGAAAUGAUCAUAACCAAGGCUGGAAGGCGCAUGUUUCCCAGCUACAAAGUGAAGGUGACUGGCCUUAAUCCCAAAACCAAGUACAUUCUCCUCAUGGACAUUGUCCCCGCCGACGACCACAGAUACAAGUUUGCAGAUAACAAAUGGUCGGUGACCGGCAAAGCAGAGCCCGCCAUGCCCGGCCGCCUGUACGUGCACCCCGACUCGCCGGCCACCGGGGCGCAUUGGAUGCGGCAGCUCGUCUCCUUCCAGAAACUCAAGCUCACCAACAACCACCUGGACCCGUUUGGGCAUAUUAUUCUAAAUUCCAUGCACAAAUACCAGCCCAGAUUACACAUCGUGAAAGCCGACGAAAAUAAUGGAUUUGGCUCAAAAAAUACUGCCUUCUGCACCCACGUCUUUCCUGAGACGGCGUUUAUCGCGGUGACUUCCUACCAGAAUCACAAGAUCACUCAGUUGAAGAUUGAGAAUAACCCCUUUGCCAAAGGAUUCCGGGGCAGCGACGACAUGGAGCUGCACAGAAUGUCAAGAAUGCAAAGUAAAGAAUAUCCCGUGGUUCCCAGGAGCACAGUGAGACAAAAAGUGGCCUCCAACCACAGCCCUUUCAGCAGUGAGCCUCGAGCUCUCUCCACCUCAUCCAACUUGGGGUCCCAGUACCAGUGUGAGAAUGGUGUAUCCGGACCCUCCCAGGACCUUCUGCCCCCACCCAACCCAUACCCACUGCCCCAGGAGCACGGCCAAAUUUACCAUUGCACCAAGAGGAAAGACGAAGAAUGUUCCACCACAGACCAUCCCUACAAGAAGCCCUACAUGGAGACAUCGCCCAGCGAGGAGGACCCCUUCUACCGGCCCAGCUACCCCCAGCAGCAGGGCCUGAGCGCCUCCUACAGGACAGAGUCAGCCCAGCGGCAGGCCUGCAUGUACGCCAGCUCCGCGCCGCCCAGCGAGCCGGUGCCCAGCCUGGAGGACAUCAGCUGCAACACGUGGCCCAGCAUGCCCUCCUACAGCAGCUGCACCGUCACCACCGUGCAGCCCAUGGACAGGCUACCCUACCAACACUUCUCGGCUCACUUCACCUCGGGGCCCCUGGUGCCCCGGCUGGCUGGCAUCGCCAACCACGGCUCCCCCCAGCUCGGAGAGGGCAUGUUCCAGCACCAGACCUCCGUGGCCCACCAGCCUGUGGUCAGGCAGUGUGGGCCCCAGACUGGCCUGCAGUCCCCUGGCGGCCUGCAGCCGUCUGAGUUCCUCUACUCCCACGGCGUGCCAAGGACCCUGUCCCCACACCAGUACCACUCUGUGCAUGGGGUCGGCAUGGUGCCAGAGUGGAGCGAGAAUAGCUAAAGCGCGGCCUGCUUCCUAACAGACAUUUGCUAGAGAGAGAGGAGAGAGAGAGAGAAAGAGAGAGAGAGAGACAGCGGGAGAGAGGGAGAGAGACAGUCACAGAGAGAACCCACGGACAAGAUUCAUUUCACCCACGUUCACGUCUGCACGCGAGACCCCCAUUUACUGAUCUAAUCAGUAGCCUGAAACCACAAUUCAAAAAAUGUGACUUUGUCGUUUCGCCUCAAAACUUAAAAAAACAAAAAAAGUUGAGUCCCGUCCCCACCACGACCACCACUCCCGUCCACGGGCCACGUCCACGCCACCUCCGGAGGGCCUCCCCAAUUCCUUCUUUUGGUCUCCAGCGAGUCUCGCCUCAUUGAGUGUGUUGUCCUAACUCGGAGUUGGAGUCCUUUCCUGUCUUGGUGUUAAUGUUGACACUGUUAUAUAAUAAAUAAUAAUAUAUUUUUUCUCUUUCAAUUUUCUUAACGGGACCCAGUCCCUUAUUUCGGGGGAGGUCUGAGGCAAGUAUGUUUCAAAGUAUGUACUUGUGCGGUUCCCCUCCUCGAAGCCGCCCCUAAAACCGAAAUUCGCCACUCUCCCCUUGACUAAGAAAUGACCUACCUCUUCCAAGGGAUGUUUCUGAAAAGGUCCCGUGUCCCCAGCUUUUCUCUGAUCGCGUCCUGCCUUCCCCAUCACCACGGAGCCCCGUUUGCCUUCUAGGGGAGUCAGGAUGACCUUGGACUCCAUCUGGCGUCAUAUCUUACUCAGCACUCCCGUCUUUUUCCAGCUCUGGGUCUUUGCAGCCAUCUGUCGCUGAAAACGUGGCCUCUAGCUCCCCAGCCGGAAAGCUCGCUCGGAAAAACUUAGAGAGCCCUGGUUUCCACGCGGGCAGAACUGUGAUAAGCUCCGCGCUGACAAGAGCCGCCAAAAAGCCAAAGUAAAUAUUCGUCCUGCUAAAAAACAAAGCCAGCCCCCCAGCCUCCAAACCUCCCGCCCGCGGCCCCCCGGAUGCAGAUGCCAAAGCCACGAUUUCUAAAGAGGGGGCAAGACUCGCUCAUGGACCGGUUCUCUCCGGGAGACCCACGCAGUGCCGACACCAGACUGUGGUUACGGAAAGCAGAAAACAGUGUUGUUGUUGUUGUUUUUUUAAAAAAAGUGUGUAAGUAAAACGUUAUUGCAGGGUUCUUCAGAUGUAAUAUUUUACUGGUACUAUUUAUUUAUAAAUAGGAGUUCUAAUUAAGUAAUAACAUGAAAUGAAAUCCAGCACGAGAGCUGGCCAAGAGCUUUUAAUUUUAUUGAUACUCAAAUACCAAGUUGGCUUUUUUUUUUUCUUCCCUCUUUCGAAUGUGCUUUGCUUUCUUGAUUUAAAAAAAAAAUAAAUUCUUUUUUUUUAACCGACCCUAAUAAAAAGAACAGGGUAAUGUGCGAGGCUGAGUAGGUCCGAGUACGUGCGAGUGUGUGAGUGUUUGUGCGCGAGCGUCUUCCAGCGGUUUUGUCCUAUGUUGCUAAGGGGGGUGGGGGAGACCUAAGUACUUGUUUCGUAUAUUUGUGUGCCAGUUAAUGCCUAAUAAAUACCAUGUGCUUCAAAAAGUA